GUCGUCGAUCGCCAUGGGGCGCUUCAAGACCCAGCACAACGGGUACUCCCUCGCGUUCUCCCCCUUCGUCGAGGGCCGCGUCGCGGUCACGACGUCGCAAAACUUUGGGAUCAUCGGCAACGGCGUGCAGUACGUCCUGGAGCAGCGGGGCGGACCGGGGGCGCCGCUCGUGGAGGUGGCGCGUUUCGACGCCGCGGACGGGCUGUACGACUGCUGCUGGAGCGAGGAGAACGAGUCGGUGCUGGUGAGCGCGAGCGGCGACGGCAGCGUCAAGGUCUGGGACGUCGCCGCGCCCCCGCAGGCCAACCCGCUGCGAUCGCUGGAGGAGCACACGCACGAGGUGUACGCGGUGCACUGGAACCAGGUGCGCAAGGAUUGCUUCCUGAGCGCCUCGUGGGACGACACCGUGAAGCUGUGGUCCCUCGCCGGUCCCCCCGCCUCCCUCCGGACCUUCGCGGAGCACUCCUACUGCGUGUACGCCGCCGUCUGGUCGCCGCAGCACGCCGACAUCUUCGCCACCGCAUCCGGCGAUUGCACCCUCAAGGUGUUCGACGCGAGGACGCAGUUCAGCACGCUCACGAUCCCGGCGCACGAAUACGAGAUCCUGUGCUGCGACUGGAACAAGUACAACGAUUGCGUCGUCGCCACCGGCAGCGUCGACAAGACGGUGAAGCUGUGGGACAUCCGCUCGCCGAGGCGGGAGCUGGCGUGCAUCGCGGGGCAUCAGUACGCGGUGCGAAGGGUGCGUUGCGACCCGUGGAACGAAUCCAUCGUGUACACGUGUUCGUACGACAUGACGGUGGCGAUGUGGGACUACAAGACGCAAUCAAUGGGCGGUACGGUCGGUGGGGGCAUCGCGGCGCCGUUGCGGCGGUGGGGGCAUCACAGCGAAUUCGCCGUCGGUCUCGACGCGAGCGUGUUGGCCGAGGGCGUGGUCGGCUCUUGCGGGUGGGACGAGCAAGUCGCGGUGUGGCACAGGGACACGGACCCGGCGAUGAUGUGAGUGGUGGAGCGGUGGGUGUGGUGGACGCGUGGACGGGUGUGGCGUAGUCGCGUUACUCUUACGUUUGAUGACAAGUCUAGGAAACGAAUC